AUGAACAAGAUCACCAUUAUCGGCAACCUCGGUCGGGACCCUGAGAUGCACCACAGCAACUCCGGUCAGGCCAUGACCCGCUUCAGCGUCGCUACCAACCUCGCUAUACCACCGCGGCCGGCGAACAGCGCGAAGAGGUCGAGUGGUCCAACUGCACCGCCUCCGGCAAGACCGCCGAGGUCUGUAACGACUACCUGA